AAGCAUUGAACUCAAAGUGCCUUCUGGUGAAGUUGAAAUGCCUGAGGGAGCUGCUACAGAAAUGGAUGUAAAAAUGAAAAAGCCCAGGAUGUCAUUUGGAUGGUUUUCAAAACCAGAAGCGAAAGCACCGAGGUUGAUGUCAGUCUUACAAACGUGGAUUUUUCGCUUCCAGACGGAAAGGUGGAGGUCAAAGAGCCAGACGUGGAAAUGAAAUCUCCAGAUGUUCAAAUUGAAAUGAAACAUGAUAUUGAGCUUGAGGGACAAGGAAGUAAAUUUAAAUUACCAAAAUUUGGACUCUCAUUGCCAAGAGUUAAAGGUCCUGAAAUUGGCUUAAGUCUGUCAAAGACAGAUGUAGAUGUCGACUUACCAGAGGGAAGAGCAGACCUCCAACUACCUGAUGUGGAAGUCGGAGUGCCCUCUGUUGAAGUUGAAAUACCAGAAGCAGGUUCUAAAGAUAUUGAUGUGAAAAUGAGAAAGCCAAGAAUGUCAUUCCCCAAAUUUGGAUUUUCAAAACCUGAAGUGAAAGCACCAGAGGUUGAUAUCAGUCUUCCAGAGGUGGAUAUUUCUCUUCCUGAGGGAAAGGUGGAGGUCAAAGAGCCAGAGGUGGAAAUGAAAACUCCAGAGAUUCAAGUUGAUGUGAAAGAUACCGUAGGCUCCCCCUCAAGAUUCAAAAUGCCAACUUUAAAAUUCCCUAAAUUUGGAGCAUCUUCUCCAAAUGUCACAAUAGAGGUACCUGAUUUGGACAAGGACAUCAAGUUUCAUGGAACUGAAAUACCUGAACCCAAGCUGACAAUAUCAGCAUUUAACAUCGAAAAGCCAAGUGUUGACCUUAAAGGUCCAUCUAUAGAUGUCAAUCGUAAAAAAAAUGAAAAUGUCACUUUACCAGAGGUCAAAAUGAACGUCCAACCACCAAGCAUUGAACUCAAAGUGCCUUCUGGUGAAGUUGAAAUGCCUGAGGGAGCUGCUCCAGAAAUGGAUGUAAAAAUGAAAAAGCCCAGGAUGUCAUUUGGAUGGUUUUCAAAACCAGAAGCGAAAGCACCCGAAGUUGAUGUCAGUCUUACAAACGUGGAUUUUUCGCUUCCAGACGGAAAGGUGGAGGUCAAAGAGCCAGACGUGGAAAUGAAAUCUCCAGAUGUUCAAAUUGAAAUGAAACAUGAUAUUGAGCUUGAGGGACAAGGAAGUAAAUUUAAAUUACCAAAAUUUGGACUCUCAUUGCCAAGAGUUAAAGGUCCUGAAAUUGGCUUAAGUCUGUCAAAGACAGAUGUAGAUGUCGACUUACCAGAGGGAAGAGCAGACCUCCAACUACCUGAUGUGGAAGUCGGAGUGCCCUCUGUUGAAGUUGAAAUACCAGAAGCAGGUUCUAAAGAUAUUGAUGUGAAAAUGAGAAAGCCAAGAAUGUCAUUCCCCAAAUUUGGAUUUUCAAAACCUGAAGUGAAAGCACCAGAGGUUGAUAUCAGUUUUCCAGAGGUGGAUAUUUCUCUUCCCGAGGGAAAGGUGGAGGUUAAAGAGCCAGAGGUGGAAAUGAAAACUCCAGAGAUUCAAGUUGAUGUGAAAGAUACCGUAGGCUCCCCCUCAAGAUUCAAAAUGCCAACUUUAAAAUUCCCUAAAUUUGGAGCAUCUUCUCCAAAUGUCACAAUAGAGGUACCUGAUUUGGACAAGGACAUCAAGUUUCAUGGAACUGAAAUACCUGAACCCAAGCUGACAAUAUCAGCAUUUAACAUCGAAAAGCCAAGUGUUGACCUUAAAGGUCCAUCUAUAGAUGUCAAUCGUAAAAAAAAUGAAAAUGUCACUUUACCAGAGGUCAAAAUGAACGUCCAACCACCAAGCAUUGAACUCAAAGUGCCUUCUGCAGAAGUUGAAAUGCCUGUGGGAGCUGCUACAGAAAUGGAUGUAAAAAUGAAAAAGCCCAGGAUGUCAUUUGGAUGGUUUUCAAAACCAGAUGUGAAAGCACUUGAGGUAGAUGCCAGUCUUACAAACGUGGAUUUAUCUCGUCCUGAAGGAAAGGUGGUCAAAGAGUCAUAUGUAGAAAUGAAAGCUCCAGAGAGUCAAGUUGAAAUGAAAAAUGAAGGUUUUUUAGUUGAUGGAAAACUACUAACACCAAACAUAGAUGAUAAAAUAAUUGAAACGGGGGUGAAGAAACCGCUGAUAACCUUUCCAAAAAUAGUUUUUUCAAGAUCUGAAGUUACGGCUCCUGAGAUUGUUAUGAUUCCUCCAAAUGUAGACAUUUCACUCCCAGAGGGAAAAGAGUUCAAAGUGCCUGACGUGAAAAUUGAAGCUCCAGAGAUUGAAGUUGACGUAAAAGAAGCUGUUGGCUCCCCCUCAAGAUUCAAAAUGCCAACAUUCAAAUUGCCUACAUUUGGUUCAACUUCAAAGGUGGCAGUAGAUGUCUCUGCUAAAGAGAAGGUUAUUGAAGUGCCUGGUGUAGAAAUUCUAGAUCAAGUACUAGGAGCUUCCUUUCCAGUUGAUUUGACAGAACCCGGGGAUACAGUUGACAUUAAAGGAUGUAGUGAAGUUCAUCUACAUGUUGCUGGAUCUGCAGGGCCCUCAGUUGAAGAAGGAAUGACAAUAGCUGAUGUGGAUGUUCAUGAUGUUGACAGUUCAGAACUGACAAUUGAUGAUAAAGGCCAUGGCUUACCCAGCAAAGGUCAAGGCUCACCAAGUAAAUUCAAACUUCCAACCUUCAAAAUGCCCAAAUUGAGCAUUUCAAAAUCCAAACGACAGAAUGAACAUGAACAUGAUGAUAUAAGUCCAAAUAUUAUUUUGGAGAAUAAUGAAAUUCAUGUGGAACCACAAGGACCAGAGAUUUCACCAAAGUUGACUUUGACAACAUUUGGGGAGGUAUUAAGAAGCAUUGAUGUUGAAUUUUAUGUCCCUGCAUUAGAGGAAGUGGAAGAAAAGCUCACAGGCUCAAGGGAAGGACCCAGUGCUGAAACCCAGUCUAUCCAAGAAGAGGAAGAAGCGAAAGAAAAAUCCAAAUUUGUUUGGUUUAAGUUUCCUACAUUUGGACUAUCUUCUCCUUCAGAAUCUGCCAAAAUUUUAGAAAAAGAUACUUCUGAGAAAGAAGCAAGUGAGAACAGCCCUGCAGGUGAGUCUGUGGAACAAGAUUCCAGCUUGACCUUUUCAGUGCGGUCAUCGGAUGCUUUUGCAGAUAUCAGUUCUACAGUCACAAGCGAACAAGUUGCUCCAUCAUUGGCCUCUCCAACCAAAGUCACAGUGAAAUACUCUGACCCUAUUGCCACUGAGAUACAAGGUAAUAUCAUUACCUCCACAGCAAGGACAAAAAUGAUCUCUUUUGAACCCUACUUGGCAGAGAAGGUCACCAUUCCAAUGUCCUCUGGAGCUUCCUCCUCAUCAGUGGACACCCUAAAACUGGAGUCUGGCACACAUGUCAUCACAUCCAAUAUACAAGCAAUACCAGACACACAGAAAGCCACGCUCUUAACAGAUUUUGGAUUGCAGACAGGGACCGCCGGAGCUUCCUCUGCAUCUUGGUCAGUGGACGACACCAACAAAACACAGAGCGAUGGGCAAACAGUCAUUAAGAGGCAUGUAAUUAGGGAAAUGUCAGGCACUGACAAGGAAACGGUUGUCAUAACUCGAAGAGUUACACAUGUGUUUGGGGCUGAGCCCAUCUCAGAUGAAACCGCCUCAUCUAUCAAACAGAUGAAAGAAACUAUGCAUUCUGAAAAAAUGAAAUUCUUUGAUGGGGCUGAAUUGGAGUGACUUGGAGGAAUAUGAUAAAUCCCUCAAUUGAGAAGUAAUAUCAGUCAUAUUAUUAUUGUGCUCUUAAUAAUUAAUUGUGCUUUAAUUUAUGACAGAGUUUUAAUAUAUACAGUUAAAUGUUUUGAUUGUUUACUUAGUACACACUAAAUAUAAAUAUAAAUAUACACAAGUGAUACAGGUAGGGAUAUUAAUGCCAAAAUUGUCACUUUAUUGUAAUUACUACCACAUCUCUGCAGGUUGUCCUGCUGUACAUAUAAUGGAGAGAAACUUGUUAAUCCACUGCCAUAUACAUUGAUAAAUUACCUCUGAUUUCUGCUCUUUAUUCCACUUCUGGGCAGCAAUAUAUAAAUAUAAGGAAUCAAUGAUUAUGACUCUGAAAAUAUGUUUACAAUUAUUUCACUGUAAAACCAUACAAAAUACUUAAUUAAUACGUAGUGAUAUAAAUACAAACCAUGCAACAUUAAUAGAACAAAAACACACAACACAUAAGGAAGAAUUGCAAUCUGAACACUUAUUACCAUGAAAUAAAUAUAUGUUGCUAAAAUGUAAUGCUUGUAAUCAUAGUAAAAAAGAAAGAAAAAUAUAUUGAUGCAACUAUAUUUUGAUUAGAAUUAUGCAUAGAUUUAAUUUUCCAUAAUGUAUACUGUACCUAACAAAAACAUUUCUGGAUUUGUGUAUAGUUGGAAAAUUGAAAAUGCCUAUGUAUAUACUUGAUUUUGAUCACUUCUUUUGCAGAGUUAAUUUGAUUGUUGCUCUUAUUCUCCACUGAUGUAAUACAUGUAUUAGCAAAACUAUACAUAAUAAAUCUUCUACAAUAU